UAGCGGCCCAGUGUCGAUGUCGGCGCUGUUUGUGCUGCGGUAGCAGCAAUAAUGCAGUUUUUAAUGAUGAUGCUCUGAGCUCCUCUGCUACGCCGUCCGUCGUAUCAAGUCGUUCCAAAUCAACACAGUAGUAGGGAUUUACGAGUUGGCAAACCUUCGGCGCGGCCGUGCUUUAAUUUGGAGGACAAUCCGUUGAACCCAGAGAGCGGGGUUCACUUAUUGGGAUGAAAAAAAUUCCUGGGCUCAGAAAAUGGUUAGACUCCAGAUGGAAGCAACAAGGUCACCCAGUUUUACCGAUCUUUGAGCCGCCAUGCCCACCCCUCAUCACCCAUUGAGGGGUGCCCCUCCUCAGAAGUGGAACUGUUUCCUGACUUGAUUUGAAAGAAGAGCUUUGCAUAAAAAUGGCCUAAAGUUGUUUUGGGUAUGACACAGUAGGGUACAUAUUAGUUUACAGGUUAAGCUGGGUUCUUCAUCGAUAUCCACAGGACCCAGAAGAAGAGACAAAUACUAUCAAUGACUUUUUUGGAAGGACAACACUUGAACCAUUCUUUGAUGAUAUAAUAUCCACCCCUCUGCCUGACAAGGUCGAAUCAUGGCUGCUGCAGAACCCCAUAGCAUUCAUUUCUUGGUGAGACAAGGGGCGGACUGAGUUAAAAAUGCAGCGCAAUAAUGGCGGACUAGGGGGUGGUGGACAGCCAUGGGUGUUUAGGCGUGUGCGUCUUACUUGGCUCAGUUUCAUGCUUUUCUUUAUCCUGGUUUUCUUCCCACUCAUUGCCCACUACUACCUCACGACCAUUGAUGAAGCAGGGAGUCCUGAUAAACGGAUCUUUGGGCCCCGGCCUGGCGGUGAGUUGUGCGAGGCCAAACACGUGCAAGAUCUGUGCCGUAUACGUGAGUCCGUCAGUGAAGAGCUGCUGCAGCUGGAGGCCAAGAGACAAGAGCUCAAUGGGGAGAUCGCCAGGCUCAACUUGCGCAUUGAGGCCUGCAAGCGGAGCAUCGACAGUGCCAAGCAGGACCUACUGCAACUGAAGAAUGUCAUCAGUCAGACGGAGCAUUCCUAUAAAGAACUAAUGGCCCAAAACCAGCCAAAGCUGUCCUUGCCUGUCAGGUUGCUUCCAGACAAGGAAGACCCAGGGCUCCCACCACCUAAAUCUUCACAAUCCUGCCGCCUGCACACCUGCUUUGACUAUGCGCGCUGCCCCCUUACAUCUGGAUUUCCUGUUUAUGUUUAUGACACAGGCUCCUAUCCAUGGGGGGAAUAUAUUGACCCUCUGGUUAAGCAGGCUUUUGCUGUGUCAGUAAAGAAUAAUAUUUAUAUAACUAAUAACCCUAGCAUUGCUUGUCUGUAUUUAGUAUUGGUCGGGGAGCUACAAGAGUCUCCGACCUCCCUACUGCCAAAUCCUUCAGAUUUGGAGAAGCAACUUAAAGCUCUUCCUUACUGGAGAUCAGACGGUCACAAUCAUGUACUGGUGCAUCUUUUGAGAAAGUCCAUGACACAGAAUUUUCUGUAUAAUGUAAGCACAGGGCGAGCAGCAGUCGCUCAGUCCACCUACCUGGAGCAGCAGUAUCGCGAAGGAUUUGACUUGGUUGCAUCCCCACUGGUUCAUGCCCUCUCUGAACCCAACUUUUUGGAAGUUCCUCAUCAAGUACCUGUGAAAAGGAAAUAUCUCUUCACCUUCCAGGGAGAGAGGGUUGAGUCACUUAAGAGCAGCUUGCGAGAGACUCCUCCUCAGUCAUUUGAGGAGGAGAUGGACGGAGAUCCUCCAGCUGACUAUGACGACCGCAUCAUUGGCACAUUAAAAGCAGUACAGGAUAGUCAGUUGGAUCAGGUGCUCAUAGAAUUCACCUGUAAAACCCCCAAGCCGAGUUUGCCAACUGAGUGGUCUCUUUGUGGAGAGCGAGAUGACAGGCUGGAGGUACUUAAGGAAUCUACUUUUGCCUUGGUGAUUGCUCCGGGAGAUGGACAGCUGGUUGCCUCAGCAGGCUGUGGAAUGAGACUUUUUGAGGCUCUUGAGGUUGGGGCGAUCCCUGUCGUACUUGGGGACCACUCCAAACUACCCUACCACCAGUUUAUUCGAUGGAGUGAAGCUGCCAUUAUGGUCCCAAAGCCGCGUGUGACAGAACUACAUUUCCUGCUGCGUAGUCUAUCAGACAAUGACAUGUUAGCUAUGAGACGACAGGGUCGCUUUCUGUGGGAGACCUACUUUUCCACCUCAGAGAACAUACUUAAUACUAUCCUGGCCAACAUUCGCACCAGGAUCCAGGUUCCUGCCGCACCCAUUAAUGAAGAGCCUGCACAAGAAAUCCCCCACAAAGCAGGUAAACUAGCAGGGACUGAUGCCAACUUGGCGGACAAUGGUGAUCUAGAUUUGGGUCCUGUAGAGACGGAGCCACCCUACGCCUCUCCGCGGUUUCUCCGAAACUUCACGUACACAGCUGUGGACAUAUACAAAACAUGGAACCGUGCUCCCGGCCCUUUUCAUUUGUUUCCACACACUCCACUAGACCCUGUUCUGCCCUCUGAAGCCAAAUUUCUGGGUUCAGGUACAGGUUUCAGGCCCAUCGGGGGAGGCACCGGAGGAUCGGGGAAGGAAUUCCAGGCAGCUUUAGGUGGGAACGUUCCCAGAGAACAGUUUACUGUGGUCAUGCUGACAUACGAAAGGGAGGAAGUGCUGAUGAACUCCUUGGAGAGGCUGAAUGGACUGCCAUACCUCAAUAAGGUAGUGGUUGUGUGGAAUUCACCCAAGCCUCCUUCUGAUGACCUACUGUGGCCUGACAUUGGGCUACCGAUUGUGGUUGUCCGCACCGAGAAGAACAGCCUCAACAACCGUUUCCUUCCCUGGGAUGUCGUGGAGACUGAAGCCAUCCUUUCGAUUGACGAUGACGCCCACCUCCGUCACGAUGAGAUCAUGUUUGGUUUCAGAGUGUGGCGAGAGGCCAGAGAUCGUAUCGUCGGUUUCCCUGGGAGAUAUCACGCCUGGGACGUCAACCAUCAGUCCUGGCUCUACAACUCCAACUACUCCUGUGAGCUCUCCAUGGUCCUGACAGGAGCUGCGUUCUUCCACAAGUAUUAUGCCUACUUGUACUCCUACAUAAUGCCCCAGGCCAUCAGGGACAUGGUGGAUGAGUACAUCAACUGUGAGGACAUUGCCAUGAACUUUUUGGUCUCCCACAUCACCCGCAAACCGCCAAUCAAGGUAACAUCUCGCUGGACCUUCCGCUGCCCCGGCUGCCCCCAGGCGCUGUCGCACAACGACUCGCAUUUCCACGAGCGCCACAAGUGCAUCAACUUCUUCGUCAAGGUGUACGGCUACAUGCCGCUGCUGUACACGCAGUUCCGCGUGGAUUCGGUGCUCUUCAAGACACGUCUGCCGCACGACAAGACCAAGUGCUUCAAAUUCAUCUAGCAGAAGAGCCUGAGUACAAAAACGAAUGGAUGAAAAGAAGGGGAGUGUGGCUUUCGGAGUUUCCUCCAUAGCUCCCCUUCAAUGCUGGAAAAAGGGCCCUACUGCCAACCUAAAGAAAAAGCCCUUAAGUGAAUCACUUUGCCCGUUUUUGUGUCCUUCUCAUCAUGCUUCAUCGGGAACCACUACAGAUGUUUGAUAUUUGUGAAAGGGGUUGUACAAACUGUACAGAAAGGAGGAUAAACUACCUAACGUAGACUACUGGGUGACAUGCGUUGACCCGCAGACGGUUUCAUUGCCUCUGGAUGGCUUCAUUUUACAGUAAUGAAUUGUACUUCUAGUACAUGUACGUGACGGAAGCACUGAUUGUCAAAAGUAUUUUAUUGAGCGAUUUCUUUUUUUUUUUUUUUUUCC